UCUACUGGCUCCUGUUUUUUUUAAAGAGUGUGAGUGGUGUGUGUGUUGGGUGGAGGAGUGAAUCCUGCUGGGAGAUGGGGCUGUAGUUAGUGUGUUAAGUCAGAGCUGCAGCGAUGGCGGUGGCGUUGGAUGCAGUGUUUGUGCGGGUGAAGGGUGUCUGCAAGCAGAACGGGCUGCUCAUCCUCUCUGUGCUGGCCGUCGUCAUCGGCUGCCUGCUCGGAUUCUUCCUGCGCACCAAGCAGCUCUCUGAGCAGGAAGUGAAGUAUUUCCAGUUUCCAGGAGAGCUCCUAAUGAGGAUGCUGAAGAUGCUGAUUCUGCCUCUCGUUGUUUCCAGUCUCAUGUCAGGUUUGGCGGCUCUGGAGCCGAAGUGCUCGAGCAGGUUAGGCCUCAUCACCAUCUCCUACUACCUCUGGACCACGUUUCUGGCGGUGGUGGUCGGCAUCGUCAUGGUCCUGAUCAUCCACCCUGGGGGCGUGGCCCAGAAAGAGGACUCAGAGGAUAGCAGCAAACCCAUCAUGAGCUCAGCUGAUGCUCUGCUCGACCUCAUACGGAACAUGUUUCCUGCCAAUUUGGUUCAAGCUACAUUUCAGCAGUAUCGCACUAACAGCGUACCCGUCAUGAAGACAUUGAGGACAACAGAGAGCUCGAGUGUGACACGUCGCACACUCAUCUACAAUCUCCAAGACGACAACGGUAACAGUGAAAAUGGCAGCGAUGUCCGCAACUUCCAGCUGGACCUGACGCCUCCGCCUGAUGUGGUGAUGCGCACCCAGCCUGGAACGAGCGAGGGCAUGAACGUGCUGGGCAUUGUCAUCUUCUCUGCUACUAUGGGCAUUAUGCUGGGCAGGAUGGGUCCUAACGGCAGUGCGCUCGUUAACUUCUGCCAAAGUCUUAACGAGGCCGUGCUCAAAAUCGUAGCCAUUGUUAUCUGGUACUUUCCGUUUGGGAUCGUGUUCCUGGUGGCUGGAAAGAUCCUGGAGAUGAGCGAUCCGUCAGAUAUGGGUAAGAAACUGGGAUUUUAUGCCAUUACAGUGGUGAUGGGUCUGAUCCUGCACGGGCUCUUCAUCCUGCCCAGCAUGUACUUCUUCAUCACCAAGAAAAGCCCCAUCGUUUACAUCCGGGGAAUCCUACAGGCUCUGCUCAUCUCUCUGGCCACCUCAUCCAGCUCUGCCACGCUGCCCAUCACUUUUAAGUGCCUGCUGGAGAACAACCACAUCGACCGGCGCAUCAUUCGCUUCGUGCUGCCUGUCGGUGCCACCAUAAACAUGGACGGCACGGCGCUGUACGAGGCUGUGGCGGCCAUCUUUAUCGCUCAAGUCAACAACUACGAGCUGGACUUUGGCCAGAUCAUCACCAUCAGCAUCACAGCUACAGCAGCGAGUAUCGGUGCGGCAGGCAUCCCGCAGGCUGGUCUGGUUACCAUGGUAAUAGUGCUGACCUCCGUCGGCCUGCCGACCGAUGACAUCACACUCAUCAUCGCUGUGGACUGGGCUUUGGACCGGUUUCGCACGAUGGUGAACGUAAUGGGAGACGCGCUCGCUACAGGAAUCAUGGCGCACAUCUGCAGGAAGGACUUCAUGCAAGAGGGAGACGGAGUUCCUCUAAUCUGCGAGACGAAACCCGUCCACAUCCAGCAGCUGAUGAACUGCCAGCAGAAUAACGGCAGUUUCCAGCCGCUUCCAGCAGGGGGCAAACCUGAGCUCAUUUCCCCGGACGUCGCUCGCCUCAUGCAGUUAGAGGAAGGAGUGCGACCCCCGCCUCCCGAGCGUAAAAUACCCCCAGUGCCCCCACGCCACCUUAAACACAAGGACAAGGAGCACUGCUCCAUCGACAUGAACGGCCUCGAGACCAACGUAUAGCGGCCAUGUUGGACGAUCUGGACAUAAACGAUAUACGCGGAUUAAUGGAUUAACUUCUUGCUGUAAUUUGAUUCGGGUUUACGUUUCGUUUUGCGUAUUAGUUUGAGGGGAUGGAACAGCAUUCGUAGAAUUGUUAUUAUUUUUUUGUUUUUGUGAAUUGUUGUGAGUUUUACACAAAAUCAGGUCCAUGCUAAUCACUUAAAUGCUAAUUUAGCCUGACAUUGCUAAAACUAGCAAACUAGCUGGAUAGGAAUGAAUCAUGCUAACCAACCAUGCUGCGAGAAAAAAACAGAUCAGCUCAAGAACCAAAAUCAGCCUGCGGUGUUUGCAAUGUCCAAUCUAACGACAGGGAUAUACUGCACUUCCUGGUUUGUGCUAGCAUGCUAAGCCAAGCUAAUAACCCUUAACAUGCUAGCUCAGAUUUGUGUACCUGUUGUUUUAUAUAUAUAUAUAAUUUUUUUCUCAGCUUUUAAAGCCACCAGUCAUGUGACUGGACAUCAAGUUAAAGACUCAGCUAGCAACUAGCAUGAACAUUUUUUGGGAUUUUUUUUGUUUCCUGGAUCUUAACAACUACAGCAUAAACCUAAUAUGGCGCUCUAAACUUUUAGGAACUGACAAAAACAUGACAUUUGAGCUGUAUUUCAUAUGUAUUGUCUUACUUUUUUCUUUUUUUUUUGUUUCUUUUAUGUAUUUCUGUGUUUAUUUAUCUAUUUAUCCAUGUUCCUCAUGUUCAUUUAAACUUACUGUGAUGCUCCUAAAUGUAUUUUUUCUCCUCUUGCUCUUCACGUAGAAGUAAAUUUCCCUUCAAUGACGGUGGAAAUAAAAUAACUGGAUUUGUCUUGUGUGGCACCGUGUAGCCUGGUAGGCUAAUUCUCUUUUUAAAAAUAUAUUCUAGGCAGAACAAAAUUGACAUUUGUACAUAUUUUCAGAAAAAACUGAUGCUGGAUACAGAUGUGUUUCUACAUGACUUUGUGAAACCGAACAGCAGAAUAAUUACCAUGUUUUAUGCAAAUGUUUUUGAUGAAUUUGUGCAGCUGAGUGUGAAAAAGCACAUGUAUUUCAGUGUUUCUGCCUGACUGAGGUGUAGAAGGUCAGCGUAAAAAGACAAACUGAACCUGCAGUAAAAGACAACGGAUAAAAAUACGGAAGUGAA